AUGGCUUCUCUUUUGUUGUUAGUUUUAUUGCUUUCCAUAUGUUUAAUCUCCGUUCUUCCUCAUUCUCUGAAUAAUCUCUCCCAUCAUCAUCAGCAUCAACAAGAAUUGCUCUUGCGAUUCAAGGCUGAUGUUUCCAACGAUACUUCUCUGUCAGAUUGGACUCCCCUUCACCCCUUCUGCAACUGGACUGGUGUUAUCUGUCAUUCCAGUUCUCACUCCAUCCGUGCCAUCAAUUUAACCGGAAUGGGUUUAGGUGGCACCAUCCCUCCUGUGAUCGGGAAUCUCUCUUCUCUUCGAUCCCUUGAUCUCUCCACCAAUCAACUCACUGGUACCAUUCCACCUCAACUCAGCCAACUCUCACAUCUACGGCUUCUCUGGUUGAACGACAAUCAAUUAGAAGGAACCAUUCCGCCCGAUCUGUCCGCUUGCCGCAGCCUGUAUUAUCUGAUGCUCUCCUUUAACAAACUGCAUGGUAGCAUUCCCCCUCAACUGAGUCUUCUCACAAGCUUGAAAUACCUUGCCUUGGGCAAUAACAGUCUCACAGGUACCAUUCCGCCCUCCUUCAAAAACCUGUCUGCCUUGGUUAAAUUAUAUGUGGGCGAAAACGAGAUCUACGGUUCCAUUCCUAGUUUUUUAGGAAAUCUGUCUGCCUUGACUUAUGUCCAUUUGGCAGCAAACCAUCUCCAAGGUCCCAUUCCUCCUGAAUUGGGCAUGCUCACACGCUUACAGACUCUUAACCUUUUCAAUAAUAACUUAUCAGGCACCAUUCCUAGCUCUUUGACAAAUCUCUCACAAUUGAAUAUGCUAGGUCUAUCUAGAAACCUGAUAAGUGGACAUAUUCCAUGGGAAAUAGGUAACAAGCUCCCCAAUUUGGAAUUCCUUAGUUUAUGGGAGAAUCAGCUUACUGGAAACAUACCAAAGUCCAUUGGAAAUUGUUCCAGUCUCCAAAUACUUUAUUUAAAUACAAACCAACUCGGUGGAACGGUUCCACUGGAGUUGGGUAUGUUGAAUCUCCUAAGCUACCUCUACCUACACGACAAUCAACUUGUUAGUGACAGCAGCAACACAUUGGCCUUUCUCACUGCUCUCACAAAUUGCUCCCACUUGCAAAAAAUAGAUUGUGGGGAAAAUCAUUUCACUGGUGUAUUGACCCCAUCCAUAGGCCAAUUUCCUUCCAAUCUCAAAUACUUGGCUUUACAAGAUUGCAAGAUAAGCGGAAGCAUACCGCAACAGAUUGCCAAUCUGACAAACUUAACCUACUUAAAUUUAGGGAGUAAUCUUCUCAGUGGCAAUAUUCCAUCUAGAAUUAAAAGACUCCAUGUGAUGGAAGAAUUGUAUCUGAGUGAUAACAAAAUAGAAGGAAGCAUUCCCAGUGAAAUAGGUCAGAUGCAACAUCUCGGACUCUUAACUCUUAGUCACAACAAAUUGUCUGGAAAAAUACCAGAUUCUCUUUGUCACUCCCAGCAGCUAAGACGUCUUUUUCUUCAUCACAACAAGUUAUCAGGGAAGAUUCCUGUUAGUUUGGAGGGAUGUCAGAAGUUGGAGCUUCUUGACUUAUCUUACAAUCAAAUAGAGGGUAGGAUACCUCGUGAAGUCAUUGCCAGCCUUAAAAACCUGCAGUUCUACCUCAAUCUUUCAUGGAAUUCUCUGCAAGGAUCCCUACCACAGGAGAUGAGCAAAAUUGUAAUGGCUCAAGCAAUAGAUGUAUCUGGAAACCAACUUACUGGGGUCAUUCCAUUUUCUCUAGGAGACUGCACAAAUUUAGAGCAUCUAAAUCUGUCCCACAACGCCUUUGUAGGUCCAAUACCAGAUUCACUCUCCAAAUUAAAAAACCUCCAAGAAAUGGAUUUUUCUCUCAAUAAUUUGUCAGGGCAGAUUCCUGAAGCAGGGUUGUUUCCAAAUAGAACUGUUGCAAUAUUGUUAACGGGAAACCCCAGCCUAUGUGGCCCAAAAAAUUAUUCGUUGCCUCCAUGCUCAAAUCAGACCCACAAAAAACAUUCAUCGCUCUUAAAAAUAGUACUAUCAGUUGUUGGAGCCAUAGUAUUUGUAUUAUGCUUGUUCAUUUUAGGAAUUGUAUGGAGGCAUAAAUUUUCAAGGCAGCUAGUCCGUCCCUCAAGCUUAUUUUUUAGAAGGCUCAACUAUCCAAAAUUUUCUUAUCAUGAUCUUGUCAUCGCAACAUCUGAAUUUGAUGAGUCAAACUUGCUUGGAGUGGGAAACUUUGGAUCUGUGUAUAAAGGCAUCUUGAGGGAUGGUAACGUAAUUGCCAUCAAGACACUUAAUUUGCAAAAUGAAGAGGCUCUUAAGAGUUUUAAGAGAGAGUGCAAAUUGUUAGGGAGAAUUCGGCACCGUAACCUCAACAAAAUCAUAAGUGCUUUUUUCUACCCUGACUUGAAAGGUUUGGUUCUUGAAUUUGCAUGUAAUGGGAGCUUGGAAAAAUAUUUGCACCAUGACAGGGAUGAUCAAGGUUUUUGUGAAUUGGGAUUGAGUGAGUGUUUGAGCACUGCUGUAGAUGUAGCCCAUGGCAUGGAAUAUUUACAUCAUGAUUGUCCUCUUCAAAUUGUGCACUGUGAUUUAAAACCUAGCAAUGUGCUCUUGGAUGCCAACAUGACUGCUCUUGUCAGUGAUUUUGGUAUAUCCCGUUUAACUACCUCAAAUUCUAUAGAUUCAGUCAGUACAACAACAUUUGCACUCAGAGGAUCUAUUGGAUAUAUUGCUCCAGAGUAUGGAUUGGGUGGGAAUGUUUCUAUUAAGGGAGAUGUUUAUAGUUAUGGAAUUUUGAUAUUAGAGAUGGUUACAAAGAAGAGGCCAAGUGAUGAUAUGUUUGUGGGAGACAUGAGCUUACAAAAGUGGGUGAGGUCAGCUUUCCCAGACAGACUGACAGAAAUUGUUGAUAGCAGGCUAUGGAGAGGUGUGAAUGAAAACAUAGAAGAGCAUAAAUGUCUUAUUUCUUUCAUUCAUGUCGGUUUGCUUUGUAGUAGUGAAACACCAAGAGAAAGACCUUGUAUGAGGGAUGUAGCAAAUGCCUUGGAAAGCCUCAAGACAUCAGUAAUGGGAGGUGCAGCUGCUUCCAAUUUAACAUACACCAUAUCAGAACUUCUGGACAAUACCAAUGCCACAGGAAAAUUGGUAUCUGAUAGUCAAAGUUCCUCAUUUUAG